UCACAUCAUCCUCUAAUGCUCCAUUGGUGUUGAGGACUGGCAAGACAAAUGAUCUGACCAGGAUAAAAGGCUGGAGGGAGAAAUUUACUUCAAAGACUGUAGAGAACACAGCUGACACGAUUGCUGACUCAGAAUUGCAGUGCAGACCAGAGCCCGCUCCUAGAGUCACCAAACUGUGGAAGAGGAGACCCGAAGAGCUCGACACAGAACCCGUCUUUAUACUCAAACAAGAUCCUGUUCGGAAAGAACCGCAACGAUUACGUACCUACACUCCAUGACCAAAUCCUCAGGUGCAGGAUAAAGAGAAGGAUCCAGCGUAUAAGUGCUUAGAAAGCAAGAUGACAUGCGCUCAUGUGCGAGAAUACAACAGUAAUCCACCACCUCAGGUGCACAUAUUUCCUGUCAAGAAACAUGUGCGAGGAUCUGAUGAAGCGUCCUAUGAAUUGUCCAGUCUGCAUCCCGCUAAAGGACAUCUGACGUCCCAAAGUAUUGACAGGAACUCAGCAGCAUCUAGUGUAAUCACAGAAGAGCCAGAGCCCAGUAAAGUUCUGGAAAUCAUUUCAGAGUGUAACUGGGAGGCCCAUCGGUCCCUGGUGCUGAAACAACUGUUCCAAUACAUCAAUAUGAACCACCUCACAUCCACUUUCUUUAUUGACAACUACAAAGUGCAGCUUCUCUCGACAGAGUUUAAAAAGCACGGGGCCAGUUCGAUGUUAAUCUACAAGGUCUGUGUCUCUCUUGGGGAGAAAUCAGGAGUGACUGGUGAACCAAAACAGGACAGGAACAAACGAAAAAUCACAGAGGAACCGUUGCGUUUAAAAAAUUCUACUGUUCAACAUGCCAACACGCUAGCAAUGUACACUAGUAAUGUUAAACUAGACAUAAUUAAUGUUGACAUGGAGACAAAAACACCAGAGCGUUUCCCCCUUAUUUCUCGUAUCCUCCCCGCUGGUUAUCUGAAGGCUGAUAAGAAGACAUCUGUGCAUCCUGGCCUAAUUAAGAACAGUAGAAUGGACCAUCAACCAGUGGAAUGCAUGUCCAAUCUGCCUCUAUAUAAGCUAACGUGGCAUCUGAAUCAUACGGCAAGAAAACGGAAGCAUCGGGUUGAAUUGCAGCAGUGCUUUGAUUCAUUGAGGAUGACUCUGAAUGUUGAAGAGCAUGUUCAAAUGAGCGAUCAAGAUGUUCUCAUUCAGGCUCGUCAGAUGAUUGGAGCUCUUGAGGAGCGCAGCAGAUCUCUGAUAGAGAAGAAAAGGGCUUUGAUUGAGAAACACUCACAUUAUCAUGCUCUCAUCUCACAGCUUCCUGGAACAGCUUUACAGCAGAAGACAGGAGCUCUCUCAUUACCCCAAACUACACCAGAAACCGCUGCAUCCAACCAGUCAGUGGCAAUGAAACUCUUGCAUUUGCCUAGCAUAGUGCUGAUGUCAUUUAACAAGAUUUAGGACCCGGUCGUGAAUGGAACUUCGGUAUCUGAGGACUCCAACAAAGACUGAACGUCUGAAAGAGCUGCACCUCCUAAGUGGAAAAAGGCAAACUGAAAACGAUGCCUUGUUUAUGAAGCGAGAUGUGCUUGAGCCUUUAUUUAAUCCUGAUGACAAGGCGUGGUAGUAAUUCACACUAAGAAUUGCACACUGAGAAGUAUGUAUAAUACAGGAUUCUGGCGUUAUAACCAGGAUAAUAUCCUUAAUAUUUUGGCCUGUUUAUCAGUGUCAAAAUUAUAAGCUUGACAUGUUACCUUAAUCGUGGGAUAGCAACACUUCUGUUUUGCUGUUGAUGGUGGACACAAUUCACAUUUUUUCCUCUUGUCUUUACAUUUCAGUCAACAGCAAAUCAUUAGAGUAAACAGAGGUUUACAUUUAAUAGGUGCAGUUUUCAUAAAAAUAAUGUAUUAAUAUUUCUCAUAUAUGAUUUGAUAAUGACCUCAUAAACCCCUCAUUGGGCCGAUACUCUAUGGCUUCUUGUUUGUUAGUAAACGUUAUUGCACAACUGGGAUUUAUUACAUUUGUAAAUACAGAUUUAUUUUCAUGAUGUCAUUUGGAAUCAUGUUCUUACAGUUUUGCAAUGCUUCUCUGUCAUUUAUGAUCACUACAUUAAUUCUAAAGAAAUCCUAACUGGCCAUACUGAUGAAGAGUGACAGAUCAAAAGGAUCUCAUCCAGAAUAUUUCUCUGUGCAUUGAGAUUAUACAGUUUUAUGAUGUGGAUAUUGUUAAUUAUGUUAAAAAUGAUUUGGACUUUUUCAUUCAAGUGUACAAUAUUGAAUUCUUCUGAAUUGAGUUUAUAUAUCAUGGCCUGGU